AUGAAAUUCAGCGUGAAGGUGUGGAGCCAGGGCGGCGCCGCCCGGGCUGGCGUGCUGCAGGUCGGCGGCUUCUCGACGGAGACUCCUGCUCUCCUCCUCCAUACCCGUAAGGGCCUUCCCGCUUUCAUCUCCCCCGACCUUCUCUCUGCUCUCCCUACUCCUGAUUCUCGCCUCCUUCAAUUCAGCCCUCUUCACUUCUCGGAAGGCAUCUCUCUCAAAACCAUAUCCGAUUUGGGGGGCCUGCACAAGAUGGUGGGUUUGGAUGAACACGCGUUUGUGGCUGUUCCGAGGGAUUCAGUUAUAUCCCUACCAGAUUAUCAGAGCACGAACAAGAUUGGAGCUUCUUUCGAGACCCCUUGCGGUCGGCUUCUGAUGAAACCGCUGCAGUAUGUGGAGAUGAUAUCCUCAAUGAAACCCAAUAUGUGGGCCACUUUGGCAGACGAAGUGCCUACAUGGGUUUCUCAGAAGAGAAACAGGGCUUCGGUCGAUCGUACUGUGAGAUGGCUCGAUGAUUGCCUAAAAUCAGAUUCCGCCAACAAUACAGGUGGAGCAGUCUUUGGGUCCAUUGUAGGAGGCUGUAAUAUUGAAGAACGGAAACGCUGUGCACAAGAAGUUGCAAAGAGAAACGUUUCAGGUUUUUAUUUAGGUGGGUUUGGGCUUGGAGAGAGUAUGGACGAACGCCCUUCUAUUCUCAGUGUUAUUACCGAAAUGUUACCAGAGGAUAAGCCACGCCAGAUCUGUGGUCUUGGGCUUCCAGAAGAAGUCUUGCAAGGUGUUGCUGCUGGUGUUGAUUUAUUUGACUCCACAUAUAUAUACCAUCUUACACUUGGAGCCUUUGCUCUUACAUUCCCUCUAGAGGAAAAUGGUAGACACAAUAGCUAUGGUGAUCAGCCGUGUGAUACUGGUGACGAUGGCACGAAGAUCAAUUUAAGAGCAACCAUUUACAGGAAAGACAUGUCACCAAUUCUCGAUGGCUGCAAGUGCUACACAUGUCAGAAUCACACGAAGGCUUAUAUAAACCAUUUGUUUAACGUUCAUGAGAUGCUGGCUCAUAUUCUGUUAGAAAUCCAUAACACGCAUCACUAUCUAGGAUUCUUCCGUGCGAUUAGAGAAGCAAUUAAAAGAGGCGUGUUUGAGGAGUUUCGCCUAAAUUUUGUUCGAAAUAGACGUGACCAUAUUCUUGCCACAGCUUUUAACGUCUGA